AUGGCGGUUGACAUGCCAGCCCCCAUUCGCUUUGGUGAAAUAGAGGCGGUGCCUAGCAAAGCUAAGCCAGACUUACCGUGGAGAUCUUUUUCCGAGAAACGGUUUGAAUCAAGGAAAAUAGUGCAAAAAGUCUUCCCUGUUAUACCCGUGGAGAAAAAUGGGCAAGCUGAACUUGCGGUUCUUCGUCCCGGAGAAAUAGUGAAAAGUGACCCAGUUGAUGAGCCAACCGAGUCAGGCACCCCCGAAUCUCCUACCCCGGAAGCUGUUCAAUGGGUAGGAUAUGAACAGGGCAAUCGCCAAAGUCUGUAUUCUGUGCUGGCCACGCAUGACUUUAGGAUGCGAGAGAAGGUUAGUCCUCGAGGACUGCAAAACUCGUCCAACAUGUGCUUUUUCAAUGCAGUUCUGCAGUCGUUAAUUCACUGUGAAGCCAUGUAUGCACUUUUGCGUAGCAUUCAGAACAAAGCUGCCUUUAAAAUCAAAAGCUCAACACCUGUCCUGGAUGGGCUCGUCUCGUUCGUUGGGUUCUAUGGGCUACAAAAGUCCAGUACGCUGAGUGCAUCUGCGUUUUACAAUACCGUCAGCACGCACCCGAAUUUCAAGCACCUUGAACCAGGUCGUCAAGAGGAUGCACAAGAGUUUUUGGGUUACCUCCUAGACACAUUAGAAGAGAAUUUUGAUGCAGCCGAGCCGGCCCCGGGUGACGAGGAACUUAUCGCAAAAGAAACACCCCUAAAAGAGACGAUCGAGGAGGAUGCGGAUGACUCUUGGACUCAGAUUGGCAAACAUAACAAAAAGAUCGAGUCUCGGGAAGCGGGACGUACUGACCACAGUAAUCCCAUUUUGGUUAUUUUCGGCGGCAGGCUCCGCAGUGUUUUGAAAAAGCCCGGUGAGAGUGAUUCAAUCACACUCGAGAGUUUUCAGCAAGUUUGCGUGGAUAUUUCAGCCGACAAAGUGGAAAGCGUGCAGGACGCGAUUGACCACAUGCUUGAGAAAGAAGAGCUACAGAUUGAGAGCCGCAACAAGACGGUGGUUGCCACGAAACAAUUAGAGUUUGAUCGUUUGCCUCCAAUUCUUGUUGUGACCGUCAAACGCUUCACUUUUACAUAUAAUGAUGGCUCGCUAGUGUUUGGGAAAACAUCCAAGUCCCUGGCAAUCACAAAUAUCACUGUCGAGUGUAGUGGAGUCAAGGUGACCUACCGUCCUGUCGCACUGGUGUACCAUCAUGGCCCAUCUGCAACUGUCGGUCAUUACACUGCUGAUGUUCUUGUUGGAGACACUUGGUAUAAUACAGACGACGAAUACGUCCGAGAGCUCAGCGAGCCGACAACUGACAGCAAGUCUGUCUACAUUAUUUUUUAUGAACGCAUAUAA